GCAAAGAAACGCACAUUUACAUGUCAAAAGGUGCUGGUCUGCAGCAUGAAUUAAUAUAUCUGUUAUAACCCCGAUCUUUUUUCUUUCUUGUUAAAGAUAAUUGUAAGGUCCAGAAAGAAAAGUUAUCUUGUUUAAAUGACGGAGAUUUAGUCAAGGGCCAUCUUGCAUAAAUGAAAGACACGAGGAAUAUAGAAAGCAUCAGCAAAAUGGAGAAAAGACCAGCUUCCAAGUCCCUCAUUGUCUGCAGUGUGUUUGUUUCAGGCAGUGUAAUCUUGACAGCCCUGGUGUUUUUGACUAAACCGAGUUUAGAAACCUUCAGAUCCAACAUAGUGGUCAUUAUUCAGGUGCUCUCUCUUGUCUUGUUUAUUCCCCUUUCUUGUGUGGUUUGCUGCAUGGAUCGACAGAAGCAGAAACUACUGAGAAAAGAAAUGAAUGUAAAAUGCAGAUUAAGAACCCUGACCUUUGAUGAGGACAAAAGACAGAUCAAGAUUAAGAAAAAGAAGAAGCUCCCCCCGAAACUUGUUCCUGCUCCCCCUGAGGCUGUAUAUUACAGAAUGGGGUAGUGAAGUGGUUACAUUAAAACCACCCUCCCUCUACACCCUACGAAACGGAUUACAGUGUUAAUUUAAAAGGUUUUAAUCUAAUAAUCCUAGAUCUGUGAUAAUUUGUGAUGACAAUGUACAUGCAUGGUUUUUACGAUAUUUUUUAUGUACCAAGUAAGAUAUAUAACAUUCACUUCAGAAUUAAGUAAAAAUUUUUAUCUAAUCAAUUCAGACUUGAAAAUUCUAUUAUUCAAUCAUAUGUUUUGAUAGAGCGUUUUUAAUAAUGCUUGGUGAAUGUCUAAUAAUAUAUGUAAAUUCAUUUUUAAUAUUAAUUUAUAUUCAGUUUGAUACUCUAUGUACAGAUGCAUGUCUUUUUUAUUAAAACGUUUCAGUAGCAGCUUUUUUAUGAAAUUAUGUAAUAAGUUGCACUUUUCUCUCCUGUCAUUUUAGCAUUCAUUUAGUAUAUAUUUGAAGAGAGUUGAACAUUUUAAAUCAUCAAAGACGAUUUAAAAAAAUUAUUGUCAUAGCAUUCAUGGUUACAUGGUCAAAUACGAGUUCUGAUAUAUUAGAAUUGCGUCUUUCAAAUAAAAAUGAUUCG